CGCAUGCUUCUUUCACAGCACCUCAUACGUUCAUGGUUCCAAGAGCUCGGUGUACAGUUGACGCAUUACCAAAGUAAAUGGCAACUUGUGGAACGGGCGGCGACGAGCAAGGUGUCGGCAAGGAAGGAUGACUUUUUGAUCUGGGGUAGUGGCGGUGUACAGAUGCGUACUAACUGUAAGGAAGAAGGCGCGCCUGGCAAUGUGAUCAUCACCAUUCCUUCCGGCGACAGACGCUUGUCAACCCCGACCGAGGCCACUCCCAGCGCAGGCGUUUGCAAUGAAGGUACGAGCAUCCCGGGACAGCAAGACCGUAAAGAGAGUCACAAGAGUGGUGCAUGCAGUCAUAAUCGGAAUGGCCGCGCGGCUCCGUACAGCGGGAAGGACUUCCUGAAGCCAAAAGGAGCCUGUUUGCCGAAAGAGUUGUACAGGGAAACUCUACUUACAGAAACUUCAAUGAAAUGCCUCCCCUCCGGCUUUGAUCAAGCAUCAGCGCACGGAGCGUUGUUAUGGCGUCCACCAGUGCUGUUGGGGCAGCGCACGCAGUCGAAGCGUCAACCACACAUUUUCCAAACGAAGUAUGCUCGAUAUUUGCCCUUCUGCCAAAGGUAUCUACACUCCAGUGCUAACUUCAGCGUUGGCCAGGAACAUACGAAAAAAAAAGAAAAAUGCAGAGACCACAUUGUGACAGCUGCUUCAGAUAUAACGUUCUCGGUUGUGAGAAGACAACAUCGCUGGUACAAACGAGAAGGAGGAGCAUAAAUGGUUGAAUGGAAAGGAAGGAGGCGCUACUUUUCUCCUGGCUUGCUUGGUUAUCAACCUUAACGCGCGACAUCAUUGCCCCCGAUGUUCAGCAUUUCAAGCCGGUCUUGCCCGUUUGUACUUUGUAUGCUGCGCCGUUCAUCGACAUGACUGUAUCUGCGGAAAUCACCCCUGGCUCCACCUUACGCUCAUCGGUGACGUCGCCUGCUGUCAGCUGUAUAAACAGCACGCCUGUCCCGUUCGCCUUCAGUGGGCACGGGAGCAGUACCGUUGGCAUGGCUCUCAACCACUAUGUUUUCACUUCGCAGGUUUGUGCUACCUUUUUUUUUUUGUACUCUAAGAAAAGCGAUGACCCAUGUUUGCUUCUGCUCCCGUGCCCAAGAAUUUUCUGUGAAACCGCUUGUGAGUGUCUUUCUAUGGCAUUUCUUUUGUUGUGCUUGGGGGACGUUGAAUUGAACCCUGGCCCUAACACCCGCUCUGAAUCUCCGCUUGACAUUGAGUCCUGAGCAGAUGAGCAUAAUCUUCAAGCUCAUAAAGGACAUGCAUACGCGUCUCUUACAAGCGUCAAAGUUCCAGGACGAGAUUACUGCUGAUGUUAAGACCAUAAGAAGCGGACAAAACUCACUUGAAUCAAAAGUUUCUGGCAUUAUGAAAAGGCUAGACGCGCUAGAGGAAAAAUCUAAAAACAUUGAUAAUGCCAGCCUGAAAGUUUCCAGCAUGACAAAAAGAAUUGACAAAGUUAGCACUCGGAAUAAUCUUUUUAAGUCUCGUUUAAAUGAAUCGGAAGAUCGGUCCUGCCGCAAUAAUUUAAUUUUCCAUGGUCUCCCUGAUAAUAAUGAGACAUGGCAACAAACAGAGUUGAAUAUAACCACAUUAAUUAGUAGUAUUAACGACUCACUUCCGGCAGACGUAAUUCAACGUGUGCACCGCCUAGGUUCGUAUGCGCCUAAUAAAUGCCGUCCUGUCAUUGUGAAGUUCACAAGCUUCAGAACCAAAGAAAAACUACCAUCGCUGCGCAGCCAAUUCAAGCAUAAGAACGUCAAUCCGAGUGAAGAUUUUUCUGUUGCUACACGAACCGCGCGAAGGAAACUGAUUGCAUUCAGUAAGAGCCAAGCCCCUCCUGAACCUUUUAAAUUGCGAUAUGAUAAGUUAAUCCUGAACGGAAAAUCAUACAUGUACAACGCCAAUUCAGAUAAAAUUGAAGAACUCAAGCAAAGUAGUGAUAUUAAUGCCCGCGUGCAUAUCCUGUUCCGCCACGUCCUCCGAUCUAGGAAAGCGUGAGGGGCAGUGGUUUAUUUUCUUCAUUUACUCAAGUUUCAGUUUUAUAUUGUUACGUCAGAAGCACCUCCAACAAUUACGAUUCUUUAUCUUCUGCAAUUGACACAUGUUCUGCAAAAAUCAUUGUGCUUACUGAAACAUGGUUACCUCCGCAUGUCGCUGACGCAGAAGUGUUUCACGGUGCUGUGCAAUUUCGUGUUUAUCGCUGCGAUCGUACUGCGCGCCGAGGAGCUGGCGUCCUUUUGGCAAUUUCGAAAUGACAUUUUGUCUUCUCUUGUCUGUACGAGCGACCAUCUAGAGGCUGUCUGGGUUUCCGUAACUCUCGGUCACAAAAAGUUCAUCAUAUAUGUGCGAUAGCCCUCACCCUCUGCACAACCUGCGUUUUUUUAUGACAUAACACGACAGUAUAAACCUUGUGCGCACGCAAUUUUCUUCAUUUCCCAUCCUACUUCUGGGCGAUUUUGAUCUUCCAAAUAUACCCUGGAAAGAUCAACCUUCUUCACUCUCUCCGUUUUUGGCACAAGCUAAGGAGUUUUUAUAAUUGUGCGCAGUCUUUUCAUUGUCGCAACUGGUAACACAACCUACACGUGUAGCUUCUAAUUCUGCAAGUCCCCUUGGCCUGAUUUUGACAUCCCACCCUGAUACAGUCUCGGAGAUUACACACUUACCUGGUAUAAGCGAUCACUGCCUACUUGCAUUUUCAAUCAACGUUUUCACCCGCGAACCAAAUAAAAUCAUAAAAACUAUACAUAUUUACAAAAAGAGCUAAUUUUACCGCUAUAAAUAACGCAUUAACUGCAUUUCUCGACACUUUCCUACCGAAUUUCGAAAAUCGUUCGCUCCAGCACAAUUGGGACAUGUUCGCAGCUCAAGUUGAGGAACUAACUGAAAAGUUCAUUCCUUUCCGCAUCAUUACCUACAAUUCUUAUGCUCCUUGGUGCAAUACCCAUGUUAAGCGCCUAUGUAACCGCAAUAAACGCCUAUAACGCUCUGCAAAACACUCACCAACUGCCACACGCUAGUCUGCUUAUAAGUCCGCAUUCGACACGUACGUAAUAGCAUUAAAGAAUGCUAAAUCUAACUUUCUAUCUAACGUACUUCCAUCAAUGUUAAAGACUAACGUUAAAAAAUUUGGCUUGUAACCCUUGCAUAAUGAGCACCUAACACUGGAAGACACAUUGGGCAUCCUUAUACCUAAGGAACAGUGCGCUGCCGCCCUUAAUGACGCAUUUGUGCAAAUUUUUUCUGUACCCUACAAUGACCGCCUACCUCCUACGCGCCAGUACGAUUAUGUAUUUAUGCCUCCAGUGAUCGUGGAUACGGCUGGCCUUGCGAAACUAAUUGAUUCCCUGAACCAGCACUCAUCGCCUGGUUACGACUCUAUUAACUCAAAAUUUCUUUAGAAUACCAACGGCCGUUUGUUCAAUAAUACUAACAAAACUUUUUCAGCAAUCACUGGAUACAUCUAUUCAACCUAGCCAAAGGAAAAUCGGGAAGGUGGUUCCACUGCGUAAAUCAGGUAACAAAAAUUUAACAGCUAAUUAUCGCCCCAUCUCACUAUCAAGCACUUGCUGUAAAUUACUCGAACAUAUAUUCUUCAAACAUCUUGUUAACUUCCUGGAAUCCAAUGCAAUUUUCACACCAGCCCAGCAUGGAUUUAUAAAAACAUUUUCAUGUGAAACUCAGCUUCCAAUCUUUACGCACAAAUUACAUCGCAUUCUAGAUCGUUCGUCAUUUGCAGAUUGCAUCUUUUUAGACUUCGCUAAAGCAUUUGAUAAGGUCUGUCAUAAACUUCUACUUUAUAAACUAAGUCAGUUGAACCUUGACACUAACAUCCUGAAGUGGAUUGAAUGCUUCCUAUCCAAUCGCUCUCAUUUUGUAACUGCAAAUGGCAUAACUCCCCACUUUGAAGCGUAACUCCCGGUGUACCUCAAGGUUCAGUACUCGGGCCUCUCUUGUUUCUCAUUUAAUUAAUGACCUCCCUUCGUCACAAUCAUCUAACAUUCACUUAUUUGCUGAUGAUUGCGUUAUCUUUCGUGAAAUAUCUAAUGCAGAGGAUGCUAACCACCUUCAGUCUGAUCUAAUUAGUGUAGCAAACUGGUGCAGACAUUGGCUAAUGCAACUAAACCUUGGCAAAUGUAAAGUAAUGCGGGUAUCCCGAAUAACUAACAGCAUACCUACAUAUUUCCUAAAUAAUGUUCCCUUGGAAUUAGUUCAUUCUUGUAAAUACCUACGUGCGCAUCAUCAUCAUCAUCAUCAUCAUCAUCAGCAGCCUGGUUACGCCCACUGCAGGGCAAAGGCCUCUCCUAAACUUCUCCAACAACCCCGGUCAUGUACUAAUUGUGGCCAUGCCGUCCCUGCAAACUUCUUCAUCUCAUCCGCCCACCUAACUUUCUGCCGCCCCCUGCUACGCUUCCCUUCCCUUGGGAUCCAGCCCGUAACCCUUAAUAAGGGUUUCGGACUGGAUUUCAAGGGAAGGGAUAAUUUAUCUUGGAAUGUUCAUACCGACUACGUAAUUCGCAGUGCUAACCGCAUGCUUGGCUACCUAUGCCGUAACUUUGAAACUGCCCCUUCAUCCCUAAAUAUGCUUUUUAUACUACCCUUAUACGUCUGAAAUUUGAAAGUGCAUGCGCUAUUUCGGAUCCUGCCAUUGACAAACUAAUUCAUUAGAACUCGUGGAAAAUAAUUCAGUUUGUUUCCUCUUACGUAAUUACAACAGAACUGCAAGUGUGCCUGCCAUGAAAACCAACCAUGCACUUACCCCACUUUCUUCUUGUGAAAUCGCACGUUUAGUCCUUUUUCAUAAAAUAUACCAUCAUUUAAUAAAUACGCAACGCUUUCAUUUUUCAGCCACAAUACGUAUCGCCUCGAAUCGACCACCGUUAUAAGGUUGGUCUUGAAUCAUGUCGCACCAAAACUUUUUUGCAGUCAUUUCUUUUGCCGUCAUGCACGGAAUGGAACCAUCUUCCUGGUAAAGUCGUGUCCAUUUACGAUAACCAAAGGUUACGAGUAGUUCUAGGUAGCAUUGUGUAAUUGAAGCAUUUUUGUUGUUGUUGCUGCUGUUCUUGUUGUUUACUGUAUGGUUGUAGCCUAAGUACUUUUGUAUUUACAGCUUUACUAUCCUAGUUUGCUACCAAUUUAUCAUGACGUUGUUAACCCUAGCUAAAACUGUAUAAUCAGAAGCCUUUGUACUUAUACGUUCAACUGCUUAUAUUUGUUUCUUUUCUCAUUUGCUGUAACCCACUCACCUCUUUAAUGCCUUUAGCCAUGAGAGUAAUAAUAAGCAAAACAAUAAAUAAAUAGUUUUUACUGGCUUCCA